AUGGUUAUAAUUUGGAUCUUGUUCCUGAGUUUGUUGCAGGAGCCGUGGUCCCCAGGGCGGGCCGCGGGGGUGCCCGAGGCCGCCGGAGCCUCCCCGAGUGACCCCCGGCCGCGCCGGGAUGCGGGGGGCCGCGGCGGCGUCUACGAGCACCUCGGGGGAGCGCCCAGGCGCAGGAAAUUGUAUUGUGCCACCAAGUACCAUCUCCAGAUCCACCCCAACGGCAAGAUCAACGGCACCCUGGAGAAAAACAGCGUCUUCAGUAUUCUUGAAAUAACUGCUGUUGAUGUUGGAAUCGUUGCCAUCAAGGGCUUGUUCUCUGGCAGAUACCUGGCCAUGAACAAAAGAGGCAGACUUUAUGCAUCAGAAAAUUAUAACGCAGAGUGUGAGUUCGUGGAGAGGAUCCAUGAAUUGGGUUAUAACACCUACGCGUCCCGUCUCUACCGGACUGUACCCAACAGAGCUGGCACCAAGCGCAAAGCCAGUGCAGAGAGACUCUGGUAUGUCUCAAUCAAUGGGAAAGGACGACCCAGAAGGGGCUUUAAAACUCGCAGGACACAGAAAUCAUCUCUCUUUCUGCCCAGAGUAUUGGAUAACAAAGACCAUGAAAUGGUCCGACUGUUCCACACAAAUGUGAAAUAUCGAGAGAGUCUCCUGAAGACCCCAAGCAAGAACCAGCGAAGAAGGAGAGGACGCUGA